GGCUAGUCAAGAUGGCUGACGCAAAUACACACAAUACGGCGCCUGCUGCAGCUCCUCGUGGGCGUGGCUUUGGGCGUGGGCGUGAUCGUGGUGGACGUGGGGGUCGGGGUGGUGAUGAUAAAGAGUGGGUGCCCUGCACCAAGCUCGGCCGUCUCGUCAAGGAGCGUAAGAUCACCAGUCUCGAGCAGAUCUUCCUCUUUUCGAUGCCCAUCAAGGAGCACCAGAUCGUUGACAACCUUAUCGCCGAAGGCCAGCUGCGUGAUGAGAUGAUGAAGAUUUUCCCAGUGCAGAAGGCCACCUCUGCUGGCCAGCGCACCCGAUUCAAGGCAUUCAACGUUGUGGGCGACGGAAACGGACACAUCGGGAUCGGUGCCCGUGUGGGCAAGGAAGUCUCUCUCGCCAUUCGGGCUUCGAUGAUUGCGGCCAAGCUCAACAUCGUCCCGGUGCGCCGCGGCUACUGGGGUAACAAAAUCGGCGAACCCCACACCAUCCCAAUGAAGGUCACCGGCAAGUGCGGCUCUGUGGCGGUGCGUCUGGUCCCUGCCCCGCGCGGUACCGGCAUCGUCGCGGCACCUGUGCCCCGCAAGAUCCUUGAGUUUGCCGGUGUAGAGGAUGUGUACACCAGCUCCUGUGGCAAGACGCGUACGCAGGGUAACUUCAUUAUGGCCACCUUCUAUGCUCUGCGUAAGACCUACGGCUUCCUCACUCCGGACCUCUGGGCGGAGACAGAGGCGCAGCGCGACCCCACAGACGAGUACUCUGAGUUUCUCGCUGCGGCGUCCACAAAGGUUGCUGUAUAGGCUAUCUGAUAUUUUCUUAGAGAUGAGCUAGUCAAUCUGUCAUAAAUUAUUUAUUUCAUUAUUUUACUCGAAUUUUCGUUUUAAAUUAGGGCAGCGUCAUU